CUCAGCCCGGGCCUCCCUCCGUUGGGACCUGCACUGACAGUCUGGUCUGGCGGAGCUGGCGCGGCAGCCUGGCGGGGCAGGGAGCUGGGGCCGAGAGGCCACCACCAGGUACCGGGGACCUGGGGCUGGGGGGCGGCGGGCAGGCCCCAACACUUACCACCCCAAUUCCCUCUGCCCCUUGGACUCUCCAUCCCCGCCCCCUAGAGCAUCCUUCCCGUCCUGCUUCUGGCUCUUCUCCGUCUACACCCGGUAACCCCCAUGUCCCUGAGCCUCUCCCCGCCCACUGCGAUUUCAUUGCUCCCCCAGAACUGCCCUUCCUACUCCCCUCAUUCAGCUGCCCAGGUGUACCCAGCACUGAAAUUUCAAUCCCCCCAUAUUCCUGGCCGCGUCCCAGUUCACCUCACUGGUUCUGUGUCCCUUCGAGCCGCGCCAGCCUCCCACCCCCACAGUGCCCCUCCUCAGUGCCCCCUAGCGUCACUCGGCUGCCACUCUGGCUCCCCAGGUCCCAGGCCCACGUCGGCUCAGCACUCCCCAACAUCCCGGCUGCCUGGAAACUCCCAAGGGCCCCCCACACCCAGCCACCCAACCCCAAAUUAGCACCUGGCCACCCCUCCCCCACCUGGCCCCCUACUGUCCCCUGACGAGCUUCCCCCAGGCAGGCGACCCAGGAACAUCUGGGACCAGGCCUAGCUAGGAUGUGCUGGGGCAGGGCAGGGACCCAGCCUUGGCCCUGCUGCUGGUGCCCGAGGGGCUGGCUGCUGAGCCUGUCCCCUUCCUCCCACCACAGGAGCCGGUCCCCGCCACCCAGCCGCCCGGCCACCAUGCACAAGCGCUACAAUGUCCACUUCGCCAAGGGCGCCCAAAGCCCCACCGACCGCUACUUCUUGGACCCAGAGUUGGGGCAGCAAAAAGGAUGCUGUCAUCAGUGGCGCCGUGACCCAGUGGCCCCACAAGUCCACGGGCCCUGCCGGCCUUCCCCCCGGGCACGCUGGCAGCAGGCUUACCACCACUGCCACCAGGGGGCACGUGGCAGCUGCCACCAGGGCCCCCAGUCCCCCGGCCUGCAGCACCGGCGGCAGCCCCAGCUGCCCCCUCCCAGCCCCCAGUGGCCGCAGCUCUGCGCCACUCACAGGGCCCAGAAGGGGCUGCCUGCUACCACCGCUGCCCCCAGGGGACCAGCCAGCGCCCCCCAGCCACCCGCCAGGCCUGCCACCUCACCUAGCGCGGCACCCGUCACGGCCAGCGGCGGCCCAGCCCUGCCCUCUGCAGCCGGCGCCCUCCUGGAGCCCAGCGAGCCCACUGACGCCCGGCCCCUGCCUGCCCCAGCGGCCUGCGGCUCCUUCACCUACAGCUCCGGCAUCCUGACAGAGGAUGACGUCUACUGCAGCUGCCUAGCGAAGACGCUCUGCCACGUGCCUGUCCCUGUGACUGUGGGUUUCUACGCCCCCUUCGGCUGCCGCCUGCACAUGAUGCUGGACAAGAUCACCGCGCUGAUGCAGCAGGAGGCGGCGCAGCGCGAGCUGGAGGAGCUGCAGCACGUGCAGUGGCGGCCGCGGCCGGUGGGCGGCUGGAGCGUCCCGCGGCUGCUGUGGUACCUGGUGUUCCUGCAGCCGAUCAUCACCGAGGCGCACCUGCAGCGCAAGAACGUGCAGUUCCUCUUCGUCCGCUUCAGCGCCUGGCAGUACGAGGGCACCGACAAGCUGUGGGCCGGGCUGGUGACCACGCUGUGCGAGGGCAUCCGCCACCACUACGGCGCGCUGCCCUUCAGCGUGUACUCCGUGGUGGGCAACAAGCCGGUCACCACGCCGGGCUGCUGCCAGGGCGAGUGGCACUGCCGGCGUCGCGUGUGCCUGGGGCUGCUGCUGCUGCUGGCGGCGCUGGCCCUGGGCGUGGGCCUGCUGUACCUGUCGCUGGGCGGCCGCGAACACGGCCACGGCGGCGCGAGCGGCAGCCUGCUCAAGGUGUUCGGUGGCGCGGCCACCACGCUGUCGGGCUCGGGGCUGCUCAUGGCCGUGUACUCCGUGGGCAAGCACCUGUUCGUGAGCCAGCGCAAGAAGAUCGAGCGGCUGGUGUCGCGCGAGAAGUUCGGCAGCCAGCUGGGCUUCAUGUGCGAGGUGAAGAAGGAGGUGGAGCUGCUCACCGACUUCCUGUGCUUCCUGGAGAUCUACCAGCGGCGCCGGCUGCGCGUGGUGCUCGAGGUCACCGGGCUGGACACGUGCUACCCCGAGCGCGUGGUGGGCGUGCUCAACGCCAUCAACACGCUGCUGUCCGACAGCCACGCGCCCUUCAUCUUCAUCCUGGUCGUGGACCCCAGCAUCCUGGCCGCGUGCCUCGAGAGCGCCGGCAACAUGAAGGGGACGGCGGACAACGGCUACCACUUCCUGAACCGCACCGUCACGCUGCCCUUCUCCGUGCCCAUCAUGGGCCCCCGCACCAAGCUGCAGUUCCUGCACGACGCCGUGCAGAGCCGCGACGACCUGCUGUACCGCGAGAUCACCGGCAAGCCGCGGCCGCUGGCGGGCGUGGGCGGCGAGGGCGCGCAGCUGCUGGCGGUGGAGACGCAGGCGGGGCCCGAGCACGCGCAGGGCCGCGUGGACGCGGAGGCGGCGCGCAGCAUCCAGGAGGCGCUCUUUUGCCUGCACGACGAGCGCGACUGCCUCUACGAGUACGUGCCCGACAACGUGGUGUCCAUGCGGCGCAUCGUCAACACCGUGCCCAUCACCGUGCGCCUUCUGCAGCAGCAGCAGGGGAACCUGGGGGGCCCCACGCCGCGCCAGGCCGUGGCUUGGGUGGUGCUCGCCAACCAGUGGCCCUGCCGCCUCAGCUGGGCGCUGCAGUGCCUGGAGGACCGGCAGCAGGCGGGGGGCGCGCCCGACGGCCGCGCGCGCCUCUGGGACGUGUUCCGGGACAACAGCCGGGAGCUGCACACCAUGACCAAGGCGUUGCAGAACGUGCUCGACCUGGACGGCGACCCCGAGCUUUUCGAGCGCUUCCUGGGUGCCGACUUCCCCUUCACCGUGGCCGAGGCGCAGAGCCUGCUGCGCUGCACGGUCAACCUGGACCACUCCAUCCGCCGCCGCAUGGGCCUCAUCCGAGCCGUCAGCGCGCUCAAGCCCCCCAGCCCGCCCAAGUCCCCUGCCCGCGACGCCCCCCACGCCGCCAACGGAGCCAACAACAUCUCCAGGGCGUCCCCAACAGGCCAUGCUGCAGGACACGCCAGCGAAGCCCACCAACCCCGGGACCGGGCCCAUGGGAGCAAGCCAAGGCCGGUGGCCUGAGCGCCCUUCAACCCCGGGGAGCCCAAGCCAGGGGGCCGUGGAUGCAGCACCCCGCAGCAGCCUCUCCACCUGCCCACGCUGGACGGAGGGGGCUGGACUGGGCCCAGGAUCCUGGGUCAGGGUCCGAAUGAGGCCUGCGGGGGCUGCCCCACCAGAUGAACCUGUGAACUAGAGGACGCGAGGGCAGCAGCCUGCAGGGCAGGGCAGCGUGCCAGCGCCCGUGUGCCCAGGCACAAGACCAGCCAGGGACUCGGGCACAAGUGCAGUAAAUGAAGGAGUUAAAGCCUCGGGUGGGUCUUCAUGUCCUGGUCUCCCGGCUCAGUGGGAUGGGGGACUAGGCCUGCCCUGUGCCACAGUCCACUUUCUCCCCAGGGGGCCAGCCCAGCUGCCCU